AUACGUAGGUGUUUAAAAUACCCAAAACACGCGUCAAUGACGAAAUUCACAAUGAAUUAUAUCGGGCUCCGCUCUACCAGAACAGGGACGGAACGUAAGAGUUCAACACGCCUCUCAGCCCGCACCAAGUCCCGAAAACGGAGCAGGUGAUCAAAAGGUAGCAAGUUGGACCGAUCGCUCGCGCGAUGCUCAUACGUUCAUCUGAUUUGGAAAUAGGCUGUUUUUGGUCGGUCAUGCAUGCUUUGGGAGGACUGCUGUGAGGGACAGGCUUGAUCAUGAAAGCCAUCAAAUGUACUUCGAACACUCUCCUGGAAUUAACCAUCCUUAUUCUUCUCAUUCAGUACUCCAGGAUGGAAACCGCAGCAGCAUCCAUGAUAACUAGCAGGGUGGUAACAGAAGGCUGCCCCCUUGGCCAGUUCCCUUGUGCAAACAUUAGUGUGUGUUUGCCCCAGGUCCUCCAGUGUAACGGCCACAAAGACUGCAAAAACGGAGCGGAUGAGGAGCAUUGUGGGGACAACAGUGGAUGGGCGGAUAUCUUUGAUCGCACUAUUAAAAAGGCAGAGCCGCAGGAUCUUCCUAAUGAUUGCUUUUUACAGCUGUACCCGGAGAACUGUGUCUGCAUGAAGACUGAAGUGGAAUGUGUGGACGUGAACCUGCAUUUCGUUCCUCUCCUCUCCUCCAAUGUGACUUGGUUGUCCCUGAAGAACAAUAAGAUCAGGAAGUUGGAUGAUUACAUCUUCUCUAAAUAUACACAACUGCAGAGAUUGUUUCUUCAGAACAAUACCAUUCAGACGGUCUCAACCCGUGCCUUCAGUGGACUAUUCAGGCUAGGAAGACUGUUUCUUAGCAAAAACUACAUAACCUAUUUAGGACCCGGUGUAUUUAGAGAUCUUCAUGAAUUACAGUGGCUAGUCAUAGAUCACAAUCCACUUAAAAACAUCUCUCGAGAUACCUUCAUCGGUCUGAAAUCAAUGACAUUUCUAUCGAUGGUGAACACAUCCCUCAUGUGGCUGCCUGAUUCGAGUCUCUGCCAGCACAUGCCCUUGCUCAGCUGGCUGGACUUUGCCGAGAAUCAUGUUGAGUUGCUGAAUUAUUCCACUCUGAUGACGUGUGCCGAGCUCACAGUGCUAUCUUUGCAUGACAAUAAAAUCAGGACCCUUCCAGAAAACACGUUUCACUGGCUUGGAGCUUUGGUUGAACUAGAUUUGUCUUGCAACAGAAUCUCCGAUCUUUCUAAAAACACUUUCAGGAGUUUAAAAUCUCUGCGUAAACUGAACAUAUCCCACAAUCCUUCUCUCCAUAUUCAUGCCAGUCACUUCGAUCAUCUAGUCCAUCUUGAGUCUCUAGGCCUGGAAGGCAUUGAGAUUCCUGAUAUACAGACUAAGAUGUUCCUUCCAAUGGGGAACCUGUCCCACAUAUAUUUUAAGGACUUUCAGUACUGUUCCUAUGCCCCACAUGUUCGGAAAUGUAAACCUAACACAGAUGGAAUCUCAUCAGUGGAAGACCUGUUAGCCAGUCUGGUACUGCGGGUGUCUGUCUGGGUUAUGGCCUUCAUCACUUGCUUUGGGAAUCUCUUUGUUAUUGGAAUGCGCUCCUUCAUUAGAGCAGAGAACAACCUGCAUGCGGCCUGCAUUAAAGUCCUGUGUUUUGCCGACUGUCUAAUGGGAGUCUAUCUUUUCUUCCUGGGAGUGUUUGAUGUAAAAUUCCGGGGUGAAUAUAACCGGAACGCUCUUAUCUGGAUGGAGAGUGUGGAAUGUCGAACUAUUGGCUUUCUUGCUAUGCUGUCCUCUGAAGUAUCUGUUCUCCUCCUCACCUACUUGACCCUGGAGAAAUUCCUUGUCAUUGUUUUCCCGUUUAGCCAUUUGCGGCCAGGGAAGCUGCAGACGGUGUUGGUUCUGGCCUCCAUCUGGGUUCUAGGAAUUGUCAUAGCAGCUGUUCCCUUGCUAAAUGAAGACCUGUUUGGGAACUAUUAUGGACGAAAUGGAGUUUGUUUCCCUCUGCACUCUGAUAGGCUAGAGAAACCUACGGCCAAAGGAUACUCCACAGGAAUAUUUCUAGGUCUUAAUCUUGUGGCGUUCUUGGUGAUUGUCAUUUCCUACUCCAGCAUGUUCUGUUCCAUUUAUAAAACAGGCAUCAAUGCCACAGAUGUGCGCAGUCGGCUGCACAAAGACGUGGCCGUGGUCAACCGCUUUUUCUUCAUUGUGUUCUCUGAUGCCCUCUGCUGGAUACCCAUAUUUUUGGUCAAAGCACUCUCUCUGCUAAAAGUUGAAAUUCCAGGAACAAUAAACUCAUGGAUGGUGAUCUUCAUUCUACCAAUCAACAGUGCCCUAAACCCUAUCCUCUAUACCCUGACCACCAGCUUCUUCAGAGAGCAGGUGGAGCUUCUCCUUUGCCGUUGGCAGCGACGCUCUGCAUCAAAGAAAGGCCGCAAGAGUCUCACCAGCUCCACCACCAACAUGGAUGCCUCUCGAAAUGCUGAUUACACAGCAAAAGCUUCCUUGCCGCGAAUGGUUUUGGCAGAUAUGGAAAACCAAUAUGGGUGAAAGAACCAGUGAGAGAAAAGUGGCAUGGUGCUGGCCUACCAUAACCAUUAUCUUCAUUCAAAAAAGAAAAUGACGGCCUUUCCUGGAAAAAUCUAAGUGGGAGGAUUGUCCUGCAACACCUUCUGUUUGGGUUCCAAUAUUGAGAGCUCUUUUCAGGCGCAUUACUAUCUCCCUUGUUCUCUUCUGAGAAACAAUUUUAAACUCUUUAGCCGUGGACUCCUCCAAAUUUCAUUUCCCCCACAAACAUCAUGUCUGGCCCACAGUUCUUGAGUUGGGCUUGUUCUUAGCCUCAAAAGCUUUAAAAAAAAAAAAAGAAAACGGAAAUUCACGCAUUGGACAAAACUGUCAUUAUUUACUGCAGUGCACAAAUUUGAAGAAUCAAAGGAGCUUUAACAGCAAUGUUUACACAAGGAGUGUUGAUGGACACUAAAAUAUUUUUAUGGAAAGGUUUGAAUAUGUGAUGGUUUUGAGAUCAAAUUUGAGAAGUAAUUUGUAAUGUACAGCAAAAGGAUUUAUGCUACUUCUGUCAUUUUAGUAUUUAUUACACAAAAACAUAUAAAGAUAAGUCUGGGUCUUUUUAAUCAACCAAUUGAUGGCCCCUGACUUCCUGAGGGCUAUAGUACUGACUUUUUAAAUUUAAUAAUUGGAUGUCGAUGGCAGAAAAAUAGAAGCAUGCAAAAAAAAAAGGAGGUGCAUAUCAUUCAGAUUCAGCUGUACAAGAUGCCUGACAUUACAUCAGACACAUUAUUUUCGAUUUUUGUUCAUUCUUUGUCAUUUUUUUACGACAAUGCAAAAGCAUUUUAUUUUUGUACUCAUGUAGGUUAUUUAUAAGUUGGAUUUUUCUACACAUCUCAAGAUGUAUUAACAAAUAUUCAAAGGAGUAUGUUAAUAGUCAGAAGUCUCAAUGGGUCAGUCAAUAUAUACUUGACAAUCUAGAGAUGUCCAUCUUAACAAUGACACUACUAAUGUGAGGAUUUCCUUGAACCAGGAGUUCAUUGAAUGACACAGAGUUUUCAAACUCUCAGAAGAAAAAGUCUCUUGAUUGUUUAUAAUUGAUCAUAAAAGACAACAUACCCCAUAAAUCAGUGGCCUCUCUCACGUUCUUGUGUUUGUGUAAUUUUAUUUAAUGGAUGCAUAUAUCUUGUGUAAGAAAAAGAUUACAUUGUUUGCUGAAUAACAUAUAAUGUCAUAGACACAAGGUGAU